AUGCAAGCCCAUUUUUAAGAGAAGGAAGCUCUAGCUGACAUCUUUGAUCAAAUAAAAGAUGUAGAUGAGCAAAUUAUUGGUGUCAUAUUAGAAAAAUUAAGAAAGGAAAAAGUUUAAGACAUCAUUGGAUAUCUUUCAGAAAAUGUCAAUCAAAGGCAAUUAGAAUCAUGUAUCUUACAAAAAGGAGUUGUAAUCACCCAGGCUGAUAUAGAAUAGAAAUUGUCUUUUGUUAGAAAAGAUAUCAAAUUAAUCAUAGAAGUCAUAAUAAAAUUAAAAGAACAUGACUUCAAUAAGAUAGACUAUUCCUCUAAAGAAAAUGAAGAAUCCAAAUAAAGUUUAAUUAAUAGAAUCAAGGAUAAUAGAUGGAUCCUUGAAUUUCUGUAAUUUUUAGUUCAUCUCACAUCUAUAGAUGGCACUUUAAUAUAAUGUGGGUCUAAUUCAUUAAAUUUAUUAAUUUACAUGAAGGCGGACCUUAGAAACAAAAGUUUGGAAAAUAUUAAGAUCUAAAAUACUUCUUUAGUAGGAGCAAAUUUUGUUAGGUCUAAUUUAAGUUAAUCCUAAUUUAAUAGUGUUAAUAUAAGUGGAAUUAAUCUGAAUGGAGCAUAAUUAUUUAAUUGUAAAUGGAAAGACUUAAGAAUCCAUGAACUGUAUAAAAUAAAUGGUCAUAGAGUGGAUAUAGCAUCGGUUUGUUUUUCUCCUGAUGGAAAUACAUUAGCUUCUGGUAGUAAAGAUAACUCAAUCCGUCUAUGGGAUGUCAAAACAGGAUAAUAAAAAGCCAAAUUAGAUGGUCAUCGUAAUGGUAUCAAUUCAGUCUGUUUCUCUCCUGAUGGAAAUACAUUAGCUUCUGGUUGUGAAGAUAAGUCUAUCCGUCUAUGGGAUGUUAAGAGUAAAAAAAAAAUAGCCAAAUUAGACACUCAUUCAUCUGCUGUCAUGUCAGUCUGUUUUUCUCCUGAUGGAAAUAAAUUAGCUUCUGGUAGUUAAGAUAACUCUAUCCGUCUUUGGGAUGUCAACACACUAUAAUAAAAAGCCAAAUUAGAUGGUCAUACUCAUUAUGUCUGGUCAGUCUGUUACUCUCCUUAUGGAAAUACAUUAGCUUCUGGUAGUAGUGAUAAGUCUAUCCGUCUAUGGGAUGUUAAAACAGGAUAAUAAAAAGCCAAAUUAGAUGGUCAUGCUAGUACUGUCUACUCAGUCUGUUUCUCUCCUGAUGGAAAUAGAUUAGCUUCUGGUGGUGGAAGCGGAUAACUUUUUAUAGCAGGAGAUAACUUAAUCCGUCUUUGGUAUGUCAAAACAGGAUAAUAAAAAGCCUAAUUAGAUGGUCAUAGUGAUGAAGUUAGAUCAGUCUGUUUCUCUCCUGAUGGAAAUACAUUAGCUUCUGGUAGUUAUUUUAAGUCUAUCCGUCUAUGGGAUGUUAAAACAGGAUAAUAAAAAGCCAAAUUAGAUGGUCAUAGUGAUGAAGUUAGAUCAGUCUGUUUCUCUCCUAAUGGAAAUACAUUAGCUUCUGGUAGUGAUGAUAAGUCUAUCCGUCUAUGGGAUGUCAAAACAGGAUAAUAAAAAGCCAAAUUAGAUGGUCAUAAUUAAUGGGUCUAAUCAGUCUGUUUCUCUCCUGAUGGAAAUACAUUAGCUUCUGGUAGUUAUGAUAAGUCUAUCCGUCUAUGGGAUGUAAAGACAGGAUUAUAAAAAGCCAAAUUAGAUGGACAUGCUUAUUAUGUCUACUCAGUCUGUUUCUCUCCUGAUGGAAAUACAUUAGCUUCUGGUAGUUUGGAUUACUCUAUCCGUCUAUGGGAUGUCAAAACAGGAUAAUAAAAAGCCAAAUUAGAUGGUCAUUCAUAUGCUGUAAUGUCAGUCUAUUUCUCUCCAGAUGGAAAUACAUUAGCUUCUGGUAGUAAUGAUAAGUCUAUCCGUCUAUGGGAUGUCAAAACAGGAUAAUAAAAAGCCAAAUUAGAUGGUCAUAAUUAAUGGGUCUAAUCAGUCUGUUUCUCUCCUGAUGGAAAUACAUUAGCUUCUGGUAGU